AAAACAGUAAAAUUUGUUAAAAAAUCUUAGUAUUUAACCUAAAUAACGACAAAAUACCUGCAAAGUUUUGAGACUCCACCACAGGCAAAAAGAUAAACAAGAAGAAGCAAUAAUAUUAAAAGUAUGGAUACCGACAGUGAUGAUGAUGGCUCCAUCAUUGGCAAUGAGGAUGGCGGUAGCCAAAGUAGUCAACAAGGAGGCGAAGGUGGCUUUGGAAUGGAUUUAACGGGAAUUCUUUUUGGUAAUAUCGAUUCGGAGGGUAAAUUAAUGGAUGAUGAUGGUGGCGGAGCCUUUGAUUCAGAAUUUAGAGAACAUUUGGGUUCAUUGGCCAAAAUGGGUUUACAUUCGAUGUUAAAUGAAGUAAUAGAAAGGGAAGACGUGGAUGACGAAGAGGAUGAGGAAACGGAAGAAAAACAUAAGGAAGUGGAAGAAACCAAAAAGCCAUUGAGUGAUUUUGAUGCUUUAAAGUCGGGUCUUUUAGAUCCUAAAAGUGAACAAGAAGAUGAAAAUGGUGAAAUUAUUAAAGAUGCUGAUGCCGUGGAUUAUUCGGAUAUAACAGAGUUAUCGGAAGAUUGCCCCAAGACUCCUCCAACACAGAAAUCGGAGGAUAAGGAAGGAUCUUCUAAUGGUAUGCAAGAUUUAGAAGAAGCUAUACCGGCUUCAACUGUUCAAGCUAUUAACAAAGAUGAUAAGGAAUUAAUGCCUCCUCCCAGCAUACCCUUACGGAAUAAUAUACAAGAUCUGCCGGGCAAGAGUGGUUCGGAUAGUGGGAUGGAUUCUGAUACAAAACACGAGAAAGCGGCGGAACGUAAAUUAGAUACACCCUUGGCUGACAUGCUGCCCUCUAAAUAUGCCAAUGUAGAUGUGCGUGAAUUGUUUCCGGAUUUUAGGCCUGAUAAAGUUUUAAGAUUCUCCCGCCUGUUUGGACCAGGAAAACCUUCAAGCCUGCCACAGAUUUGGCGUCAUGUUAAGAAGAGAAGACGCAAGCGUAAACAGUCUCGUGAUCACAAGCUUCACAAUCCAGGCUCAGAUUCUACAAGCGAUUCGGAAGAACCACGCAAAAAAGGUUUCGGUUUACAUUACGGCCCUGAACCGAAACCAUCACACUGCCAAUCCGAUGAUGAGGAUAAACUAUUGAGCAUUUUUAAUGAUGAAGACAUUAAGCAGGAACCUGAAAGUGGUGACAAUAAUGAAAACAAACCAAAAAUAGCCGAUUGGCGUUAUGGUCCAGCCCAAAUUUGGUACGAUAUGUUAGAGGUACCCGAUUCAGGAGAUGGUUUUAAUUACGGUUUCAAGGUACGGCACGAACACAAGAAUGCAAAAUCUAUGCAACACAUUAAAAGGGAAGAACCUAAAGAGGAAAUUAAAGAAGAGCACCUGGCAGAUGAUGCGUUUCUUAUGGUCUCUCAGCUGCACUGGGAAGAUGAAGUGGUUUGGGAUGGAAAUGAAAUUAAAGCAAAAGUGCUACAAAAGUUAAAUUCAAAAACGAAUGCUGCUGGUUGGUUGCCAUCAAGUGGUUCUAGAGCAUUUACACCAGCUGGCAAAACUUUGCCAGUGACCGGAUCAACAAGUGGCAAAAUAACGGGUUCGAGUAGUAGUUCAUCUAGCAAACAAAAAUCAAAUCAAAACUUACCCACAAAACCGCCCGAAGCUGUUGACGACACUUGGUAUAGUAUUUUCCCGGUAGAAAAUGAAGAAUUAAUCUAUAGCAAGUGGGAAGAUGAGAUUAUUUGGGAUGCCGAAGAAAUGACCAAAAUACCUAAACCUAAAGUAUUAACUUUAGAUCCAAAUGAUGAGAAUAUUAUUUUGGGUAUACCCGAUGAUAUCGAUCCUUCCAAAAUUAAUAAGAACACAGGACCACCACCCAAAAUUAAAAUACCACAUCCUCAUGUUAAAAAAUCAAAAAUUUUACUGGGUAAAGCUGGAGUUAUUAAUGUAUUGGCUGAAGAUACACCGCCACCACCACCGAAAUCUCCUGAUAGAGAUCCGUUUAAUAUAUCCAAUGACAGUUAUUACAUGCCGAAGGCAGAGCCAACGUUACGCUUGAAAGUGGGUGGUGGCAGUUUAAUCCAACACUCAACACCAGUAGUCGAAUUGAGAUCACCAUUUAUUCCCACACACAUGGGACCUAUUAAAUUAAGAGCAUUUCAUCGUCCUCCUCUUAAGAAAUAUUCCUAUGGUCCGAUUUCCCAGUCUGUUUCGCAUUCGGUAUUGCCUUUGUUGAAACACAUCUUUAAAAAGGCUAAACAACGUGAUGCCGAACGUAUUGCAUCGGGUGGUGGUGAUGUUUUCUUUAUGCGUAACCCCGAAGAUUUGAGCGGCAAAGAUGGCGAUAUUAUAUUGGCGGAAUUCUGUGAAGAACAUCCACCCUUAAUGAAUCAAGUGGGUAUGUGUUCGAAAAUAAAAAAUUACUACAAACGUAAAGCUACCAAGGAUAAUGCUCCUCAAGACUUUAAAUAUGGUGAAACUGCCAUUGCACAUACCAGUCCAUUUUUGGGUAUUUUGCAUCCCGGUCAAUGUAUACAGGCUCUCGAGAAUAACAUGUAUAGGGCACCCAUUUAUCCGCACAGUGUAAGUAACACAGACUUUUUGGUCAUACGCACUCGCAACAACUACUGGAUACGUGAAUACAAUGCCAUAUUUACAGUGGGUCAAGAAUGUCCGCUGUAUGAAGUGCCAGGUCCCAACUCAAAAAGAGCCAAUAACUUUACUAGGGACUUCUUGCAAGUGUUCAUUUAUCGUUUGUUUUGGAAGAGUGCCGAUAAUCCGAGACGCAUACGAAUGGAUGAUAUUAAACGAGCAUUCCCCGCCCACUCUGAAAGUAGUAUACGCAAGAGACUGAAACAGUGCGCCGACUUUAAGCGUACUGGUAUGGAUUCAAAUUGGUGGGUUAUUAAACCCGAAUUUCGUUUACCUUCCGAAGAAGAAAUCCGAGCUAUGGUAUCUCCCGAACAGUGCUGUGCGUAUUUCAGUAUGAUAGCGGCCGAACAGAGAUUAAAGGAUGCUGGUUACGGUGAAAAAUUCUUAUUUGCACCUCAAGAAGAUGAUGAUGAAGAGGCUCAGCUGAAGCUUGAUGAUGAAGUUAAAGUUGCACCUUGGAAUACAACACGAGCUUAUAUACAGGCCAUGCGAGGUAAAUGUUUAUUACAACUUACAGGACCUGCUGAUCCGACUGGUUGUGGUGAAGGCUUUUCAUACGUAAGGGUACCAAAUAAGCCAACGCAAACGAAAGAAGAACAAGAAUCCCAACCAAAACGUACGGUUACCGGUACCGAUGCUGAUUUACGUCGUCUACCUUUGCAACGAGCUAAAGAACUGCUCCGUAAAUUCAAAGUACCCGAAGAGGAAAUCAAAAAACUCUCAAGAUGGGAAGUCAUUGAUGUAGUACGUACAUUGUCAACGGAAAAGGCUAAGGCUGGUGAACAAGGCAUGGAUAAGUUCUCCAGAGGUAAUCGGUUUUCAAUAGCCGAACAUCAAGAACGUUAUAAGGAAGAAUGUCAGCGUAUAUUCGAUUUACAAAAUCGUGUUUUGGCCAGUUCGGAAGUUCUGUCAACAGACGAAGAUGAAUCGUCGGCCUCAGAAGAGUCAGAUUUAGAGGAAUUGGGAAAAAAUCUAGAAAACAUGUUGUCGAAUAAAAAGACUUCUACUCAGCUGACAAUGGAAAGAGAAGAACAGGAAAGACAAGAAUUACUCAAAAAAAUUAUGGAAGAUGAAGAGGGCAACAAAAACAAGGGAGAUAAAAAUAAAGAUGGCAAUAUGGAUAGUCAACAACAAUCCUUGCAAAAUUCAAAUCAAGGUAGAAUAUUGAAAAUUACCAGAACCUUCAAAGAUUCUGAGGGUAAAGAGUAUACCAGGGUGGAAACUGUUAGAAGACAACCUAUUAUAGAUGCCUAUGUCAAAAUUCGUACCACAAAGGAUGAACAGUUUAUAAAACAAUUCGCGACCUUGGACGAACAGCAAAAGGAAGAGAUGAAACGUGAGAAGAGAAGAAUUCAAGAGCAAUUGAGACGUAUUAAACGCAACCAAGAAAGAGAACGUUUGGCUCAAUUGGCUCAAAAUCAAAAAUUACAACCCGGAGGCAUGCCCACAUCUCUGGGUGAUCCAAAAACUUCGCAGAGUUCUUCGCACAAAGAAAGAGACAACAGUCAUAAGGAAGUAAGUCCUUCAAGAAAGAAAUUCAAGUUGAAACCAGAUUUGAAGCUUAAAUGUGGCGCCUGCGGGCAGGUUGGCCAUAUGCGUACCAAUAAGGCUUGUCCCCUAUACACUGGUACUCAAGGUCCGCCAACAUCUUCUUUGAAUAUGUCCAUGAACGAAGACCCAGACGAGGAGCCCGAAAGAGAGGAGAGGGACAGAGAAAGAGAAAGAGAAAGAGAGAAGAACAUUGAAGAGGAUGAUUUGGUUAAUGUUGAUGGUACAAAAGUUACAUUGAGUAGUAAACUAUUAAAACGUCACGAUGAGGGUAGCCGCAAGAAAGCACUGUUGUUGAAAGUUCCCAAAGAUGUUAUGGGUAAAAAGAAGAGAAGAAUGGCCAGUGAUAUACACUGCGAUUAUUUGCAAAGACACAAUAAAACGGCCAAUCGUAGAAGAACAGAUCCAGUGGUCGUAUUGUCUUCCAUACUAGAAGAGAUACUCAAUGAUUUGCGAGCCAUGCCUGAUGUAACACCAUUCAUGUUUCCCGUGAAUGCUAAGUUGGUUCCCGAUUAUUAUCGCAUUGUCAUUAAACCCAUGGAUUUACAAACUAUGCGCGAUAAUAUACGUCAAAAACGCUACCAUAGUCGUGAAGAAUUUCUCGCCGACCUCAAUCAAAUUGUCGAAAAUUCUACUUUAUACAAUGGACCUAAUAGUUCUUUCACCAAUGCAGCGCAACGCAUGUUAAAAAGUUGCUUCGAUCUAUUGGCCGAAAAAGAAGAUAAACUUAUGCGUUUGGAAAAAGCUAUUAAUCCCUUAUUGGAUGAUGACGAUCAGGUGGCUUUAUCAUUUAUAUUCGAAAAAUUGCAUGGCAAAAUUAAACUUAUGCAAGAAAGUUGGCCUUUCCUUAAACCAGUCAACAAGAAACAAGUCAAAGACUAUUAUACGAUUAUAAAGAGACCUAUGGAUUUGGAAAGCAUUGGUAAAAAUGUUGAAGCCCAUCGCUAUCAUUCACGUGGAGAAUUCUUGGGUGACAUUGAAUUGAUAGCUACAAAUUGUGAACAAUACAAUGGCAGUGAAUCUCGCUUUACCAAAAAUGCAAAACAUAUUUUAGAAUAUGCUCGAUCACAGUUAGAUGAGUUUGCUGAACAUUGUACACAAUUAGAACAGAACAUUGCUAAAGUUCAAGAGCGUGCACGAGCCGAUGCAGAACUAGAUGAUACCUGGGGUGGUGAUGAUCAAGACUAUGAUUAUAUGCGAACAAGUCGAUCUAGUACACCCGAAAAUGAUUUCAUUGACGUUGAGGGUAAUGAAAGAGCAUCAACCUCUUCUGCCGCUUCCUUCCAACGCGGCAUUGGCGGUCAUAUAUCACUGACAACCGGACAAACCGCAACAGCACAAACACCAGAUAUGGCUCCACCGGUAGAUAUUAAGCGUGGUCGUGGGCGACCUCGCAAACAACGUGAUACUGUGGAAGAAGUCAAAUUUAAUCCGAAUGCUGUUAAACGUGGUCGUGGUCGUCCCCGUAAGGACAGCCUAGCCUCAAAUAUAAGUAACCCACAUAAUUCCUCCUUUCUGGAAGAAGAUCUGCAAUGUUCCACGGACGAUGAUGAAGAUGGUUUUCAAGAGGUCUCCGAAGAUGAAAAUAAUCCAGCCAGUUUCUUGGAGGGUGAACGCGUUCAUUCUAUGUCAACAGCCGGUGGCAGUGAGGGCGGUUCUGAUCUAAUUGAUGCAGCCCAUAUUAAGACAGAAAUGAAAAUUGAACCAACACAUUUAGGUGGAGAUGAUUCAAUGGAUUUGGAUCCUAACUAUGAUCCAUCCGAUUUUCUAACAAUGCACAGUCGUAUGGGUAACAAUGAAACUAAUCAGCAACAACAAGAUAACAAGAUGUCACAAUUUCUGCAACACGAAGAGGGUCAAAAUGAAAAUAUUCAAACAACACAUGAUAACAAAGCGAACAUGCAUCAAAUGCCGUUAAUGAUGGGUUCAAAUGAUAAUAUGGGCAUUGAUGAUGAUUUAGCGAUAUCUGAAAGUGACGAAGAGGACGAUGGUAAUGUACGUGUUAAAAGGGAACUAUUUACUGAUCAAUUGGAAGACGAUCAGGAACAACAACAGAUGCUGCAACAGCAAUCAAUUAUUGAUAUGCAAAUGCAGCAACAACAGCAGCAACAAGAACAAUUGCCAAUUCAGUCUUAUGUUGAUAUUGACGCCUCAAAAGAAGAUUAUCAACAGCAACAGCAACAGGAACAACACCAUCAGCCCCAAACUCAACCCUCCCAUCACGAUGAUAACAAUGAUGAUGACUGGUUAAGAUUUUAAGAAAUUGUAAUUUUUUAACAUCCCACUUACUUUGAAUGAAGCUUUUGUUAAAGUUAAAAUAAAGUAUGGUUAAAUAUAUAUUUUUUUUUAUAAA